AUGGCCCUAACAUUCGCUGCGCCCCAAAGCGUCGCGGCAGUGGUGCCGUGCCGGGUGCCAGCGCCGGGCCCAAGCACCGUGAGCCCCCGUUCCUCCUUCACGACGGACGCCCGGGCAGCCCUCGCCGUUUUGUUGGCGCUGCCCGUUGCCCAACGCCAGAGCCGCUUGCGGCGUUGCUGCGGCCCCGGUCCGCCAGCAGGUCCACCAGUUUCAGCAAAGCCCUGGGAGUGGUGGGGCGCGGAGGCCGAGGAUUGGCCGCGGCUCCUCGAAGAGUUGAUGUCCGAUGCAAGGGUGCUGCUGAAGGAGUUCUUCGGCCACGAUGCCUUCCGACCAAAGCAGGAGGAGGCAUUGCGAGCUGCAAUCAGCCAUGAGGACAUGGAGCUGUAUUGGCCGACUGCAGCGGGGAAGUCCCUGAUUUUUCAGCUGCUGGCUGUUCUGGCUUGGCGAAGGAAGCGUGGCAUAGUCAUCGUCGUAGAGCCGACCAUCCCGGUCAUGCAGGAUCAGACGCAGCAGUUUAACAGAAGAGCCCUCGCGGAGGAGGCGCCCAAGGCAUGCCUCCUCGGAUCUGCGCAGAAGGAUGAACGUGUCAUCAAGGCUGCUGUCGAUGGCGAGUACUGUUUGGUUUACAUGUGCCCAGAGUCAAUCACGCAGAAGUUCCUGGAAGCCUUCGUCCCUUUGCACGAGAGCUCGCGCAUCUGUGCUUUCGUGAUAGAUGAGGCAUGCUAUAUGCCUCUUUGGGGUCACGAGUUUAGGCCUGCAUUCCUGGACCUGGCUUGGCUUCGCGAGACAUACUGUGGAGUUCCCUUCAUGGCUUUGUCUGGUGCCGCGCCACCAGACCGUCAGGCCUUCAUUCGAGAACACCUCCUACUUCGAGCUCCCCGCAGAAGUGCAAUGCCCAUGCUUCGGAAGAACCUGCAGAUUGAAAGUUGCCAAGGGCUCGGAGAUCUGGACAAGAUCAACAUGAUUCUGGAUUUGCUGGCCGUCGAUGGCCACCAAGCUGCUGUCGUGUACGUGCAGACGAAGCCCACCGCAAGGAGGAUACGACGUCGCCUGGAAGAGCAGUCGGGCAAGCGUUGCCUGGGCUUUGCUUUGGGGCAGAUCGAUGGCGACACCCCCCCGGACGAGCGGGCGGUGCUGAACUUGGCGUUUCGUGAGAACCGCAUCAACAUCAUGGUGGCCACUGAUGCCUACGGUCAAGGCAUUGACAAGCCCGACAUUGAUGUCAUCGUGCACUGGGAGCCGCCAUUGAACAUCGAGACGUACCUGAAUCAAGUUGGCCGCGCUGGACGGGAUGGGCGUCCGUCAGUGUGCCGUCUGUGCUGGAAUGGGCAACGAAGCUGGAAAAGAAUGCUGGACAACAAGGGGUUCUUCGCGCAGGAGUUGAAGGAGAUGUACGAAGCAGAUCGGCAGGUUGAGCUGAAAUCGCGGCUUGCGGUGCUCACCAUGGCCAGUGGGAACAGGUGUCGAUGGCAUGCCAUUCUCUCGCACUACGCCUGUGCUGACGAGCUGGGAGCGGCAGGCUGUGGGGUGUGCGAUGUCUGCACGGGCAAGAUAAAAGAGAAGAGGACGCCGGCAAGUGACGGUGAGCGGAAGCUUGCACUCCUGGUCCUUCAUGCCCUGUUCUUCGCGCAAAGCCACAGUCAAGGUGACCGUGCCGGAGUAGUACAGAUUGCUCACAGUGGCUCUUCACGCUUCAAGCAUCAGCGCUCCGUCGCCAUGCUCGAUGCUCUCACAAAGCUGAGGAAGGACCUGCGAAGCACUCCAACCAAGGGUGAAAUCAAGAAGAUGUACGAGCGGUUGUGGGAAAGUGGAUAUGUGUUGCCUUGCUACCGCGGCAUGACUGAGCAGAAGAAGCUGCAGUGGGGCGUUGAGUUGAGCCAAACAGGCCGGGAAGCACAACAGCAGCCAAAUUGCGAGAUCCUGCUCGUGCCCGAGAGCUCCUGCCGCAAAGCGGACACGACGGUGCCUCGAGUUCGGCAUCGGCUCAAGGGGCAACAGAUUCGGGCUGCACUGCAAGAGUACCGUGAUGCAGAAAAUGACCCCGAGGCAGCCGAGAAUGCCUUGAAGCACUUACAGUCAGUCCUCGAUGAGCCUCACGUUCCAGCGGCACCACCUGUCAAGGCACCACCUGUCAAAGCCAAAUACGAGGAUGCUACUGCGAGACUCCUGCGAAAGAUGAGGCGCAUGUGCCCGGACAUGCAGGUUGACCACGCGCGCCUCAGUUCAGGGGAGUUCCAGUGCACCAUCGCAAUCCCCUCUCAGCAUCUCGAACUCCACGGCGAGCCGUCGAAGUGCAAGGACGUGUCCCUGCAGCACGCCCUGAGCGCAUGCAAGGAGAUGAGCAUGCGGAUCGACUUGAGGAAGAAGCGGUGGAUCUUGAAGUCCAUGGGAGACAGAUGGCCGCAGGAGCAUGUGGAAUGUAAUGUGAAGCUGGGAACCCAGGCGAUGUGGCAAGCGGAGAUCUAUGUGGCCCCCUUGGAAACGACCUUCGUCAGCAAGCACGAAUGCACUCACUGGAACCAUGCUGUUAUCAGCGCCAUCUCCAACAUUCCUGGGCACAACCUGUGGAAGUCAUCUCAGGAGUGGCCGCGGCGCGUGGUCAGGUUCGAGGCGUUGAGGCCCGUCUACCUGCCCGUCCACAGCCCAGCGUCAAUGCGCUCGCGAUCGCCCAGCCCCCACACGCAGGGUCCGAUGGCGAACAUGGCGAUGAGCUGGACGCACAUCGGGCAUGAGGCAUCUCAGUUUGCCAUGCUUCCAGAUUUCCGAGCCCAGGCUCGGUCAACGAGCCCCCCCCAGCCUUCCCCCGCGCAGCUCCCCGUCCAGGCCGCUGCUCGGCGCCGACCAUCGGACUUUGCGGUGGGCACGACGAGCCCUCGUGCCAGCCCUCGUGCCUUCUCUCCGAGAAGUACAGACAGGUCGCCGGGCAUCAGCAGCCGGCCCUCCGACUUCUCCCCGGGCACGGCAGUUGAUUCGGACCUUUGCAGCAACAGCGACGUCUCUCGGGACGUCCUUGGAAGCCCGGUAUCUGGAGGUCUCCUCGACGAUCCCUGGCUCGGCGUGGCAGUGCGAUCUCCACUUAGGAGCCCUGGUCGGGAGCUGCGUGACCCCGGACGUCCGGCGCAAGCUGGUCCUCUUCGCAGACCGGUUCCCAGCAUCACCAGCCCCGAAUGGGCAGAGCAGGCAGAGGAGGGCCAGCCGGUUCUGCCAGCUCCACAGCUGCCGGCUCUGGAGGAGCUUUUUGCCCAGAACAUGCGGGAGCAGCGGGAGGAGCGGAAGCUCCGGCAACAGCGAAAGGAGCCGAGGCCGCAGAUGCAGAGGCCGCAGAUGCAGCGGCCGCAGACGGAGCAGCCGCAGACGCAGUGGCCGCCGACGGAUCGGCCGCAGACGCAGCGGCCGCAGAUGCUGAGGUCUAUCCUGCCGUCCUUUGAGGAGUCCCGAAACAACAACCUCUGUGGAGCCUUGGUCAGAUUGGAGUGGACAUUGGCUGGCCACAAUCUCAACAAAGCUGCCGAACGCUCGCUCAUUCUGGAUGAGACGACAAUUGCCCAUACUUCUCUGGCUACCGAAGCUUAUGAGAAAGCCAUUACCGAGCGAAGUGGUCGAAACUUAGCCGUGCUCGUGUUCCCUGGCGACUUCAACCCUGUGCACUUGGGACAUCUGUUGAUGAUGCAGCAGGCCGUCGCGCGAUUGGAGCGUGCUGGCUACGAUACCUUAGCAGGAUGGUUGGCGCCGAUGAAGGGCGGGGAGUUGCUGUCCCCCGACUUUCGUCUGGCAGCUGCCCGCGCUGCCGUACAGACAGAGACGCUCCUGGAGGUGUCGCCCUGGGCCCUACGCCAGGAGUCAACCAAGGAGCUGGAGGUGGUGGACAGCUUGCGGAAAGCUCUCAUUGAGGAGACAGGCCUCAGCUCGAAGGCUGCGCCGCGCGUGAGGGUCGUGGCAGUUUGCGGCGCAGAUGACACCAGAAAGUAUGCCAACCUCAAGCCUCAGGACAUGCUGGGCCUGGUGGUCGUACCGCAGCCGGGAGAAGAGGAGUUUCUUCUGGAGCGUCCUCUGCAGCAGGUCUACGUCGCCGAAGCACCGGCUGGGAAGGGUGGGAAGCUCACCUCGGAGCAACUGGCCGAAGCCAUCGCAGGUGGGGACGUGGCCUUCGUGUCCGAGGCUCUUCCAGAGGGCGUUGGGCGGCUGAUCUUGAGCCCGACGCGCGAGGAGCAACAAGUGUUUGAGCGGGAUCUCUCCAAGCUCCUUCUACAGGUUCCGGACAGCCCCUGGCCAGCCUCAAAGCUCAUGCAGAAGCUGAAAGCCUACGACCAUCAGGGCACCCUGGCGUUGCUCAUCCUCAGCGACGCCAUGGCUCCGGCCAUGAAAUGUCACCUUGACCUCUUGGAGAAGGCGAAAGACAGGCUGGAGCAAAGAGGCUACAGGGUUAUUGGCAUGUGGCUCUCGCCCUGGAACGAAGCCAGGGUUGGCGCCUCGGGCCGCGGCACACCUGGGCUGAGCAGCGAAUUCCGCCUGCGAGUGGCUGAACACCUGGUGUCCUCCCACGAGUCAGUGGAAGUGAGUUCUUGGGAGAUGUCCGCAGAGGGGAAGCCCACGGCGAUCCAGGUGGCGCGGAGUUGCCGCGACACGCUUGCUGCGACUUUCCCGAACUCCAUGGAAGGCCGCCAGCUCUGUGUCUUCCACGCCUGCGGCGCAAGGGAUCUCCCGGUCUACAAGAACACAGAGCAGCCCUUUCGGGACAACCUGGGUUUGGUCGUCGUGCCUGCCAGCGACGAGGACUUCCUGCUGGAAAACCCGUCGCACCUGUCGUACCUUUCCGACGACAUGAUCGAUGUCGCUCAAGCUGAAGGGAAGCUGCUUCCAACAUUGCGGGAAGGAAACGUGGGCGCGGCGGUGCAGUUACUGGGAGCUGCUGCUGCCCGCUUCGUGCUGGCCCCGAGCAACGGCGAAGGCAACCUCAAGGCUGACUGCGAGAAGCUGGGCGUGCAGCAGUGUGGAGCCACCUUGCUUGCAAAGACGAGGGAGGACGUGAAAGGGACCUUCCAGCGUGCGCUGGGCCCCGAGGGCGUGUUGAAAGUGGAGGACCUGCGCAAGUUCCUGCAAAGUAUCGACCCCACGCUGAAAGAGAAGGAGCUCGACCAGCUCCUGAGCGCGUCGCCAAAGUCCGCUUCCGGCCUGGUGGCUGGUCUCGAGUUCAUGGAUUGGAUCCUCAACAGCCUACAGCCGUCUGGCCCUUGCAGACUGAGGUUGGGUACUCCGAAACGCUCAAGCUUCAACCCCAAUCUCUACAGAACCUACCCAACGAUGGCCGCCAAGAAGAUGACGACGGACCUGCGUCAUCAAUGGAUCAUGCUCCGUGAGGAGUGGUCCGGCUUCCUGGCGCAGCGGCAGGCCGAGCAGGAUGCUUUCGUGGAGCAGCUCCUGCAGCUUCUGCCCCGCCAACAGCUGGAUGAGCAGCUAGCAGGGUUCAACGACCCAGCACCGAGCCCGAGCAGAUCUGGUGGAAGCCCACAGGCUGCUCAGAACAGCUCGGGGGCGCAGCUGCAACCUAUCAGGUCUGAGAAGAUGAUGGUGUUCGAGGACUUCGCCACUGAGGCAGCGACUCGCAUGAAGCAGUUCGUCGGAGAGUCCUCUGAGGACGAGGUCAGCCAUGCGGUAAGCACCAGCCACAGAAAGAUCGGCAGCACACACUCGCGUGGCAAGAGCAGCGUCUCUUCAGAAGAAGACGAGCGGCUUCAUUCUGUCAGAGAGUUCGAAAAGAGGACUUCAGCCCUCGAGAAUGUCCUGGUAGCCGUCGAAAGCAGCCACAGGCUGAGACGUUGGUUCACCCGCAUACCCUGUGGGUCCAGGUUUUUGCAGCAUACCAUAGCGUGGAUGCAUUGGCUCGCCAGCCUGCACGAGCCUGAAAGACGCGGCUGCUGUCACGCCAUCCUCAACAGCAGCCUUUUCUGCUCCUUCUGCACCUUGGUCAUCCUUGCGAAUGUCCUCGUCAUCUUGUACACUGCAAACUGGACCAUGGAGAAUGAGACUUUCCAGGUUCCAUACGUCGUGUCGGCCCUCGACAUAUUUUUUUGUAGUGUCUACCUCAUGGAGACUCUGCUGAAGAUCCGUGUCCACAAAGCCUACUUCUUCUGGAACGAGGAGGCUCCCUGGAAUGUUUUCGACUUGAUACUGGUGAUACUGGCAGUGUACGACCUGGUGGUCUUCUUCUUGGAGAUCUCGGAUGGGCAUUCUGCCAACAUGAACUUCAUGAGGUCCUUGAGAAUUGUCAAGGUCUCGCGCAUCCUCAGGCUUGUCCGGGUCAUCCGGGUCUUCCGAGAUCUGCGCUGCAUGCUGUUCUCCAUCAUCUGGUCUUUCAGCUCACUCUUCUGGUGUUUGGUGCUCAUCUUCUUCGUCAUCCUCGUAUUUUCGCUGCUCAUCGUUCAGUUGGUCACCGAGUACAUCAUUGAGCAGGAUGUGGCCGACAAUGACCCCAUCAAGGAUGGCUUCCUCUACUACUUCGGCUCAGUGCAGGCGACGAUGGCGACUCUGUACCAGGCGAGUACCGGUGGCGUGGACUGGAGAAACCCCUACGAGCUGCUAGCUUACACCGGCGAGAUGAGCUGCAUGGCCUUCCUGUUCUACGUGGCCUUCUUCGAGUUCGCGGUUUUCAACGUCCUGACUGGCGUGUUCGUGGACCAUGCGAUGAAGGUGUCUGCGGCUGAUCGGGAGCUGGCAUUAGCCGAGCAGAAAAAGAAGGAGAGGACGGAGGCUGAACGCCUCCGGGACACCUGCCGUAUCAUUGACGCGGACGGGGAUGGCAAGGUGGCUUAG